AACAAAUCCUGGUUUAGGAACAGACCAACAGGGAACUAUAAAAGCACACAAGCAUCUUCCUACCACGCUUUGCUGAGACGUCCUGUGAACUUCCAAGCGACCUUUGAGGAUUAUUACACUGAAACGGAAUUCAACAAAGUUUUGGGAGUUUUGGGAACACAUUUGGGAAUUCUCGUGUACUUACUGGACAUGAAAGGGAACAACGUUCAGUCUCAAUGAAUCAGUCGGCUAAAAGAAGGGGCUUCUAAAAGAAGGGAUCCUUUGUGAGGAGCAGCCAAGUUGCUCAAAGACUUUCAGAAACCUAUUUAUUUAUUAUUAUUUAUUCGUCAUGGGACGCCACUUGCUGUUGCUCUUCUCCAUCCUGUACAUGUUACUCUGCCAGGCGUCCUGCUCAGGCGUCUUUGAGCUCAAGUUGCAGGAGUUUUUGAACAAGAAGGGUGUUCAAGGCAACAAGAACUGCUGUAAAGGAGGACUGACCCCCUCCCCGUAUCAGCAGUGCGAGUGCAAGACUUUUUUCCGCAUCUGCUUAAAACAUUAUCAGCCCAACGCAUCUCCGGAGCCACCUUGCACCUACGGAGGUACCGUUACCCCCGUGUUGGGAUCCAACUCUUUCCAAGUGCCAGAUACAUUACCGGACGGCUCUUUCAACAAUCCCAUCAGGAUGAACUUCGGUUUCACGUGGCCGGGGACUUUUUCUCUUAUCAUUGAAGCGGUGCAUGCUGAUUCCAAAGAGGAUUUGACAACAGAAAACCCAGAGCGCAUCAUCAGCACCAUGACCACUCAGCGUCAUUUGACGGUGGGCGAGGACUGGUCUCAGGACCUGCACAGUGUGGGCCGGACAGAGCUCAAGUACUCGUACCGCUUUGUGUGCGACGAGCACUACUAUGGCGAGGGAUGCUCCGUGUUUUGCCGCCCGAGAGAUGACGCGUUCGGUCAUUUCACAUGUGGAGAACGCGGAGAAAUUAUUUGCGACGCCGGAUGGAAGGGCCAGUACUGCACGGAAGCAAUAUGCCUCCCAGGAUGUGAUGAGGAGCACGGCUUCUGCGAGAAACCUGGAGAGUGCAAGUGCAGAGUCGGGUUUAAAGGCCGCUACUGUGAUGAGUGCAUACGUUACCCAGGAUGCCUUCAUGGAACCUGCCAGCAACCAUGGCAAUGCAACUGCCAGGAAGGCUGGGGUGGCCUCUUCUGCAACCAAGAUCUAAAUUACUGUACCCAUCAUAAGCCCUGCCUGAAUGGAGCCACUUGUAGUAACACUGGUCAGGGCAGCUACACCUGUUCCUGUCGUCCGGGCUUUACGGGAGCCAGCUGUGAGAUUGAAGUCAACGAAUGCACAGGGAACCCCUGCCGCAACGGAGGAAGCUGCACUGACAUGGAGAACACUUAUAGUUGUGCCUGUCCACCUGGUUUCUAUGGCAAUAACUGUGAGCUCAGUGCCAUGACUUGUGCAGAUGGGCCUUGCUUUAAUGGUGGACGCUGCGCCGACAACCCAGACGGCGGUUACUUCUGCCAGUGUCCCACAGGAUAUGCAGGGUUCAAUUGCGAGAAGAAGAUCGACCACUGCACCUCCGGUCCAUGCUCAAACGGUGCACGCUGCGUAGACCUGGUGAACUCCUACCUAUGCCAGUGUCCAGAAGGGUUCACGGGUAUGAACUGCGACCGGGCUGGGGACGAGUGUUCGCUUUACCCCUGCCAAAAUGGCGGAACUUGUCAGGAAGGGGCCAAUGGUUACAUCUGUAAUUGCCCACCUGGGUAUGCCGGACAGAACUGCAGUUCAACUGUAAGCCGCUGCCAGCACAACCCCUGCCACAAUGGCGCCACCUGCCACGAGCGGAACAACCGCUAUGUAUGUGCUUGCGUUCCGGGAUAUGGAGGACGCAACUGCCAGUUCUUGCUUCCAGACAGAGUUUCCCAGAUAGCCGGUGAUGUUCCUUGGACUGCGGUGGGAUCAGGAGUUUUGCUGGUGCUUUUGUUGGUAGUCGCAUGUGCCGUGAUGGUGGUUUGCGUUCGCUCAAAGGUUCAGCAGCGUCGACGGGAUAGGGAGGAGGAAGUCGCUAAUGGGGAAAAUGAAACCAUCAACAACCUCACAAACAACUGUCACCGUGACAAAGAUCUGACUGUGAGUGUUGUAAGCUCUGCACCAGUCAAGAACAUCAACAAGAAGAUUGACUUUCAUUGCGACCACGAUGACCUGAGUCUGACAACCGAAAAGAGGAGCUAUAAGACACGACAUGGACCUGCAGACCAUAACCUGGUACAGGAAGUGAAGUACGAAGUGAAACAUGAGGUGAAACUAGAGUAUCCUGGGAAGGAGAUGGCAGCGAAGGAGUUGUCUGAUAGCUGCGAGGAUGUAAAGUGCCAAUCUCUGCAAGACCCUUGCGAGUUUGAAGACAAGCGCAGGAAACGUCUGAAAAGUGAUGCAUCAGAAAAGUCCAAGUAUUCAGAGUCGAAGUAUUCCGAAUCAAAGUAUUCCGAUUCACUGUAUUCCGAGUCAGCAUGUGCAUCAGCAUCCACGUCGGCUUGUGUCGACACCAAAUACAAAUCCGUCAUGGUGAUGUCGGAGGAAAAAGAUGAAUGUGUAAUUGCAACUGAGGUGUAAUGGGCCUGCAGGAAGCCGAUGCUCAUUGUGUCCUACGGGAGGCAUUUUGAACUCCCUAAGAAAAUGCUGCUGCUCGAACCUUAGGUGGAAACGUCCCACCUCGUGACUACUGCUGCUGAGAAACUAAGACUGAUUAACUGAUAUUCAGGAUGAGCUGGUUCUCUGUACUGAAAAAGGCGCAGGCAGUGGUGGCCUGUAGGCUUGAAAACUUGUGGAAAUGAUGGCUGGAGUGUCAUUAAAAUUUAAAACGUAGAUGUAAAAUUUACCCGUUAAGCCAUGUUAAAGGUGUUGGACAACGUGUGUCCAUUUUUAAUGUUUUUUUUAAUGUGGGUUCGUCACAUGGAAAUGGCAUUAGGAAAAUAUAACAGAAAUAGGAGGGAAUUCAAGAAAAGUAUCGCCGUGUUUUGCCAUGUGAUGUCCAGUACUGUGUCAGCAUAGUGGCAACGUUUUAGCAAUAUUUUGGCAACAUUUGCUGUUUUUUCGCCAAUAAUUCCGGGGCCCCACAGGCUUUUACUGUGCCCAGAGACUGCACCAAACAUUAAGGAUGUUGAAGUCGUUUAAAAGAAAUGUAUCGCAACAUUUUUGCCAUCGACUGUCUCAGCGAUGCCGUGGCAAAGUUGUGACAACAUUUUAGCAAUAUUUUGGCAACAUUUGCUGGCCCCACAAGUCAGUGUACAAGGGACUACGGUGGAUGUUCAGCCAUACUGGCCUGACUUACACUGGGUUAAAUGUCACAUGAUGUCAUAUCCUGUCACAUGACCAGUGGAAACUGUAUGUAUAAGUGCUCAAAAAAAUCUCAAAGUCUUCCGAGCCUCCGUUUUUUUUUUUUUUUUUUGCGCAUUAUGGUUUAGAAUAUGUAUGUAAUUUGUUUUUGGACGUUAAAAAAAAAUACGUUUGU